AUGCCAUAUGAACUCAUCGUCCAAGUUGGAUUCAGUGGCUCUUUAGAAGAGUCAAAGAGGGACGUCUACUAUAGAAAUGAUCCUAUGAAGUACGUCGACAUAGAAAAGAAAAAGAAAAAGGGUAAAAAAAUGGGAAAAAAAAUCGAUGAGGAAUGA